UUAAAAGAUAUUCAAGUACAUUUUUUGUAACCAAAAUGAAUUAAGUUAUAGGGAGUAUUACUCUUAUUUUUUUCACCAUUUUUAGCUUUCGCACUUUUCCUUAGAAUAGUAGUUGGGAGAAAGUCAAUCUUGCCCUUACCCUACCCCUGACGGUGUUUGACAAGUGCCUUAAGUUCGAAUUGAUCGUUGUAUUCGAUGUAAAUAGACAGCGUGGUCCGAUCUUCACUAGGUUUCAUUGUUGUAUCCGUGAUAACUUUAUAAGAUUUGGCUUGAAAGGUCAUGUACUUAUAGUACUAUGGAGUGUUCUGCUUUCCAACCGACGGACUUCUCACGAAAGAGACCCGCCGCUGGCUCGCUUCUCUCCCACGACAAGAACGGGAAUGUGAAAAGACAGUGUGGUUUUGAGUUCCAGCAUUGGCCAUCAUUAGAGACAUUUCACCAGGAAAAUAUGACAAAUAUAUCACUUGAACAUCCUGAGAAUGAAGCCAUGGACUGUUCCAGUGCUGGACAGCCACAAACCCAAAUAUUGGCUACAGCCAGUGCAAGUUGUAAUACCAUUACUUCAACUAGUGUUAUACCUCACCAACAGUUUCCAAGGGUACAGAAACAAACAGUGCAAUGCCCUCGGUGUUGUGCAGGUGAACCAGGCCAUAUACGUCACAUCAUGUCAUAACAUGGAUAAUCUUGUCCUAUAUUGUAUUAUAAUAAUAUAUAUAUAUAUCAAAUGUAUAACUAUCUAGGCUUUGUGAUUUUUUUCAUUUCAAAUAAAACUGAAUUUAAAUCUUU